AUGAAGCAGCAGGUUUUGAGCAACGCCCAUGGCGGCAGGAUCUCCUCGCCAUCGGUGGCCGCGCGAACCAGGGUUCCAAGAGCAGCAGCAGCAGCAACACCCAUCAAGGAAGCUCCUUCGUCUCCAGCUCCGGCACCCGCCACCCCUCCUCGGGCCAGAAGGCUUGUGAGGGUGAGCAGCAAGGAGGAGAGGGUGGUGACUGGUGCAGCUGCAAAGCCAAAGAGGCACAAGGAGGAUUCCGAGGAGGAGACGCGCAAGCUGCGUGGGGAGGUGGAGGCCCUGAGGAAGGAGGUGGAGAGGCUGCAGCUGCUCAACACCGAGCUGGAAUGUGACAAGAGCGACCUGACGCACCAGCUCGCCCUUGCGCGCUGCACCAUCACCCGACUUCAGGAGCAGCAUGACAUCUAUCAGGCGCAGACCGCUGUGGCGCAACGAAACAACCUAAAAGACAGUGCCAUGAGCAAACCACAGCCUCCGAAGCCCCCCUCACCGCCGCCGCCACCACCACCUAGUAAAAUCCUCGGAAGAGCCCCGGCACCGCCUCCUCCCCCUCCGCAACGUGGCACAAUAGGCACAGUGAACAAGGCAACCGCGUUAGUUGAGAUGUACAACUCCCUGAACAAGCGUGACACCAAGAAAGCUGUGACUGUCAGUGCUGCUCAUCACAACAGCAUCGUCGGCGAGCUACAGAACCGCUCCACGCACUUAUUGGCGAUCAAGACGGAUGUCGAAACAAAAGGAGACUUCAUCAAUGGUCUCAUUAACAAAGUUCAGACCACUACUUACACCGAUGUGGAGCAAGUGCUGACCUUUGUUGAUUGGCUUGAUCAACAACUUUCAACUCUGUCGGAUGAAACAGGCGUGUUGAAGCACUUCAGUUGGCCGGAGAGGAAAGCUGAUGCACUCCGGGAAGCAGCGUUUGAAUACCGGGAUCUCAAGUGUGUCGUAACAGAGAUCUCUUCCCUGAACGCCGACGAUGGCAGCCCUACUUCGUGUGAGGCUACUCUGAGGAAGAUAUCAAGCCUGCUGGAUAAGUUGGAGAAGAGCAUGAAGAGAUUAGUGAACCUGAGGAGCUCGGUGAUGCCGUGCUAUAAACAGUUUGGAAUUCCGACUGAAUGGAUGCUUGAUUCAGGGAUUGCUUCGAAGAUGAGGGUGGCAUCAGUAACACUGGCAAAGGUGUACAUGAAAAGAGCCCUCAAGGAAAUAACAGCUUAUACAGGAGGAGGGAAUGAGGCUGCUCUUGUCGCUCAAAGCGUGCGUUUCACAUAUAGGGUUCACCAGUUUGCGGGAGGACUCGACAGUGAAGCGAUGCGCGCCUUUGAAGAGCUAACGCAACGUUCUCGGUUGACUGCUGUUUAG